GAACUCCCAGUAAACAGAAAAAAAUCGUACUCACAACAAUGUGUACAGACAUCCAAAAGGAAAUAUUUACAAAAAUAACAAACAAUCAGGCAGGAGAAUUGAAGUCCCUGCUCGCCUCGAAUAAAAUACUGAUCGACUUUGUGGAUGACAAUGGCUUGAGUCCAUUGCAACACGCCUGCUACAAAGGGAACAAGGAAAUAGCACAGAUGUUGUUGGAUCAGGGUGCAGAUGUCAAUGCUUGCCAGGGUAAGCACGACUACAGAGCCCUCCAUCUUGCUGCUCUGAGUGGCAAUGCUGAUCUCUGUCAGCUUCUCCUGACUCAUGGCGCCGAAAUAAAUGCAAAAAAUUCGGUACGACGUACAGCAGCACAAAUGGCAGCAUUCGUUGGCAAUCACUAUUGUGUUGCCUCAAUCAAUAAUUACAUACCAAAGGCUGACAUCGAUUACUACGUUAAACCACAGGGAUUACAGACAGAGCCAAUGUUACCACCUCAUCUUGCUGAUUCGUUUCACAGAUUCAUCAUGCAGGUCAAUGUACAUCCGGUCAGGGUUGCCAUUACGUUGCAAAAGUGCACAGGAUUGUUGGAUCAUCUGCCCAAGGUGCAAAAACUUCUAGAAUCUCUCCGUCAGCGUGAGAUGACACGCGGUGCCGACACAAAUGAAAUAAUGGCGUUCAAAUACCACUACCUGAGUGGCAUAAUAAACGAGCUCCUAAAAUUAAAAAAGCGCCAGGACGCGCGAAAGGACAAAGUCGAGAAAGACAAGGCACCAGAGGCAUCCGACAGAUCCUCAUCAAAGAGUCAAACAGAUCUGAUCGAGCUUUUCAUAAAACAAUUACUCAAGUGCAAUAAGACUGACGCUCUGAGGUCUGAGUACCAGGAGGCCCUUCUCCGGGAAAUAGUCCGGGAAUUUCCCUUCCGGCAAAGCACAAUUUUCCGUCAGAUGAUAGUGACUCUAGCCGGCACCGAUCCCCCGUCGGCCGCCUCCGUAGUAUCGGCUGCUAUCAACGGCCAACGGGGCUUUGCCGACUUUUCACCGAUGUGCAUAACAUGCAAAGAAGAAAAGCCGACGAAAAAGUGUAGCAAGUGUAAGGAUGUACAGUACUGCGACAGAGAGUGCCAACGCUAUCACUGGUUCCUUCAUAAAAAAGAAUGCGCCAGGGAGGAUACCAACACGUCGAGUGAUAAGGGGGGCAAGGUGCCAGACGCUGAUAAGGCACAACUGGCUAGCGCUAUCAAAGAGGAAAUCGAGAAUCUGAGUGUCAAAAUCUUUCGUUAUUCGAAGGGACCUGGGUCUUCAAAGCCGCUAGACGAUGACUCGAGACCUCCUGAUUCGCCAGGAUUUUAGUUAUUGAUUCGGGAUUCUCUUUACUCUCCUUCAGAACUUGGCAUAAAAGUAUUUUCUGACUCGUGAGAAUUUGAGGAAAAAAAAGAGUCCUGGGAAUGUAUUCCUUAGUCUCGGCUAGGGGGCAUCGGGCUGAACUCACAUUCGUCACGAGAUACUUCUAUCGACCUUGUGACGUAAUAGACAAUUUCACAUCUGUACGGAGAUUCGAAUCUACCUCCCUCACGUGUCCCUCAAGGCACAAAAAUCAAGUUUUCAUCUAGUCUUUUAGAACUUUUCAGACUCGUGUGACGAAAAAUGAUAUUUAUUCCCCUAGGGACUGAAAAGUGCGAUAGAAUAUAUAAAUAUCGUAUACCAUAUGGGAAUAAAGUGUUUUCUGGCGAAAUGUGAGUUGAAGAAUAUUGUACACAAGAAAAAAAAUUGAAAAAUUGUUGUGAAAGCAAACAUUGCAAAUAUUGUACUGUAUUGUUGUAAAAUAAUGUCUGAUUGUUUGUUUGUCUGUAACUUAUCAGGUUUUCCAUGUAAUUUAACUGUAAAUUAAACAAUCAUUGUGUCGAUGUUUAGUAUUUGAAAAAGUAAUGAUUGAUGUUGUGUUGAUGAUGAGUUCAAUUACUCGAGGGAAUAAAUAUUAUGACAAAACGGAACAGUUGAGAGAAUUA